CACGGGGCGUAUAAAUAUCCGGGGGACACUUGCCCACAUCACACAGUCACUACAAAUCGUUAAUCGAGGGAAAGCGGGUUUUCAUGAGGCGAUUACACGCAAAUUGUUUGUUUAUUUGCUUUAAAAUCAGUUUCAGUGAUGUCUCGUUCCUUCUUUGUGGAUUCUCUGAUGGUGAAGCCCGGACACUCCUCGUCCGAGUCAUCUCGUGGGGUCAAUCCUUCCAUCCCGGUCAGUGAGGCCUUACUGUCCCGUCACCUCCUCCACUCGGCCGCACCCCUCCCAAGCUACGUCCGGCACCCAGGGGAAAUGCUGGGAUUCUGUUGUCCACUAUGUAUACAUCCAUCCCCGUCAGCCGCCGUACCCACAACUGUGUCCGCGGCUACCCCCCUCAAGCCUGCUUCUACCCUAGUGCCUAUGCCUAAAACUAUGAUCGGGGGACACCUGACCCCAGGGUUCAAUCAUCAGUACCCCCACCUGGACUUGGUGACGUCAUACUCCCAGCAUCAGCCGCACUCUGCAGUUACCACCCAGUACGAACCUGUCUCCCAGAAGCGUCAACGAUGUACCAACAGCGAUGUGAACGGACCGUCAGACGAUCUCCCAAGCAGCAAAAGGAUUCGUACAGCCUUCACAAGCACACAGCUCCUGGAUCUUGAGAGAGAAUUUGCAUCGAACAUGUAUCUCUCCCGCCUUCGUCGUAUCGAGAUCGCAACGUACCUCAACCUAUCAGAGAAACAAGUGAAGAUCUGGUUCCAGAAUAGGCGUGUCAAAUACAAGAAAGAAGGCGGGUCUGACUCACGUGACCAAUGUCGCUGUCUGCGCACGUGCUCCUCGCGACACGAUAAACGGAAGAUUGACAGCUCGUGUGAAGGGAAAGGUGAAAGGGGCGUGUCUUGUGGGCGCGAUGAGACAAGCAGUGAAGAGGAGGACGAGGAAAUUUGCAUGUCUGAAUCGGAUUUGCCUGCGUCUUUGACAGAGACCGACUGUGAAACUGACUCACUUUUACCUCAAGGGGAGGAGAGGGAGCGGCAAAUUGACACGGGGGUGGCGAAAAUCCAUAAAGAUGACGUUGCGAUCUGAGCACUGUUGAACAAUACAAAGCUGAGGAUCGGGGAUGUGCAAUAUUAGUAUGUUUAACAUAUAUUUUAUUUACCAUUUACUGUUUACAUAUGUAUUUAAUAAUAAGUGCAAUACAUUCUCAGGGCGUCAGAGUUGAAAUUCGGCUGUCGAAGUCGCUAUCUGUGUACAUUGAAAGGCAUAUGCUAUUAAUUCAUAAAGGGAUAUUUUGUGAAACAAUGGUUAAUAUCUUUUUACAAUUUACAAAAUAUUGAAGUGCCACAUGCUAUGGUGUCAGGUUGCCAUGAUAUACCGCCACCUGGCGAGGAAAUAUAGAAUCGUCUUUAAUGAAUCGACAGGGUUUAUUUUUGACAUGAAUUUGAAACCUAUGCAUGUAUGACAAAUUGCCUACACAGUUCUGCAUUGUUGUGUUUAUGACUGCAACCUGAUCGCCCGCGAUAUGCAUCACCAAGUGCCUGUCCGUUAUCGAGUCGCCCGCUAAGCAAGGGGACCUGCUAUUUGUACAUGUUGAAUAAAUGGUUAUAAACCAUCUGUAUAUAGAUUUUAGUUUUACAA